ACAUAUUAAAGCAUGUGAGUGUAGAGAAAAGUUUCUAGCAUUUUCCUUUCACAAAAAAUGUCGUGGGUGUAAGUGCACACAUGUAUAAAUAUGUAAUACUUGCUACGCGCUUACAUAUUACAACACCCACACAGUGAGUGCAUAUGUUCUUAGAGUACAUGUGUGUUAGAUUAUAUUAAAGCUAGUGUAGAAGACUUCAAUAGCCAGUUAAUACCAAGAAGUCAUUACCUACUAAAUUUAUUGUGUUUUAUUUUGGUAUUUUCCAUGUCUGGUGAUCACCGAUACUAUCAUUACAACAGUAAUUAUUAUCUAAGAAUAAAUUAAAUUUAUCAAUAUGCCUUAGCCGAUUAUCGUCAAUUUUACCUUUAUUAGGUAUUUUCAUUAUCCAGUAACUUAUUCAAAAAUACGUAAAUCCAGAUAAAAUUUCAAAACGUAUUUUUGUUUUAGGUGACCUUGAGUACUUGAAGAAAUUCUAGGCUUUAUUUUCGAUUACUUCUAGUAUUAAAAGAUUAAAAAUGCCAUCAACUUGUGGGGACAUACAAGAAAUUUCAGUAGCAUCACCACACGCAGCAGUAAUCGACGGACAAUCAAGUACAGACAGUGUAGGAACACACAGUGAUGUUUCAGGCAAUACGACGAUAUCAACAAAACCAAAGAUCCAGGUUGUCUGUGUGAUCGACUUGACCCAGCCGGAGAAUCUCAGUGACCGUAAGCGUGCAUUGGAGGAGAUAAAGCAAGCAUGUUCUUUAGUAAACACCAGUUUCAAUAUGGUCCAGUUCGAGAAACUCGACUUUGGAGAGACAAAUGUCUUGGAUUUGUUCUACAACGCAGACGUAGUGGUGGUCGACCUGAGUGUCAGAGACCAGCAGUCGGCUCUUUUUUACCACCUUGGAGUGCGAGAGAGUUUUGGUAUGAAAGAGAACAUAAUGCUCUUCAAUGACAUCGAGUCUGAGGCGACUGUACGUCUGAAAGUGUCCUGUUGUAAUUAUACAUUCGUUCCUUACCGAGUACUCGAAUGUGGAACCUGUGUCACCACUAUGAGCAUGAAACCCGCGCGAGCUGGAGAAGAAGUCCUAGAUCCAAAGCAGCAUCUCACGCUGAGGCUAAAAAAACUCCUUCAGGAUGUUGAAGUUCAAUCGAAAGCUCACAUGAAGGAAAAAUUUCUCGCCGAUUUGCGUAAAGCUCGCGAGAGUUUCUCCGGAGCAGAAUUAUCGCGUGCAAUAAAUAAUAUGCGCAAGCGGCUGGACGAUCCAAAUGUUCUUUCUGGAGAAGUUAUUUUAAAUAUCAUGAUUUCAUACCGCGAGAUCCAGGACUACGAUGCUAUGGUACAGCUCGUUGAGGAUCUUUACACGAUCCCGAAUCACAAAAACUACAUCAAGACCCCGAUGAUUACUUAUCUGUACAGCUUCGCUCUGAGUCGGCGAAACAAAGAAGGUGAUCGCGAGCGAGCUGUUAGGAUUGUUGAAAAAGCGUUAGAGAAAAAAGAAAACCACGUUCCUGAUAUGCUCUGUCUCUGCGGAAGGAUUUACAAAGACAGGUUCGUUGAAAGCCGUCACAGUGAUCAGGAAAGUUUAAAAAAUGCUAUUCACUGGUACCGUAAAGGUUUUGAAGUUCAGCCUAACGAAUACGCGGGUGUUAAUUUGGCGACGUUGCUAGUCAUUGCGGGUAAUGACUUUAGCAACAGCGAAGAGCUACAACACAUUGGGAUGGUUUUGAAUAAUUUAAUUGGAAAAAAAGGAAGUUUGUCGAGCCUGAAGGAGUACUGGGAUAUCGCGACAUUCUUUGAAAUAAGUGUCCUGGCUCAGGAUUAUGCUAAAGCGCUGCAAGCUGCUGAAUGCAUGUUCAAAUUAAAAGCACCCAAUUGGUAUUUAAAGUCAACGAUUGGAAAUAUUUCGCUGAUUAAUAGGUUUAGAAAGAAGAACGAAGAGAGUGAGUCUUCGGCAGAAGAACAAAUAUUUAGUUUUUGGAUGGAUUAUUUUAUCGUAGCUACCGAGAACGAUGUUAGCAAUUGCAUCCGCUUUCCGUUGUUAAUUCUAGAGCCAUCGAAAAUUCUAAUGCCGUCCUACGUUAAUGUUAAUCUGGGUGCUGAAGAAAAAUCUAUUCAGAUUGUUAAUAUAUGUCUAAAUUGUUUAAAAAAUAAUUGUAAGCAAGUUCACGACUGGCUUUUCACCGCUAACAUGAUCCGCAGUGUCAGUUUGUACAAGCGUGAUAAAAGGUGCUUGUUUUUGUACGUCCACGAAAAUUCAGACGACUUCCAAAUGUUUUUUUCCUCGGAAAUAUGCAGGCAGAGGUUCUAUGAUCUUGUACUGGAGAUGACGGUAGACCAAGAGGGAAUGGUUACUAAUUUGGAUUCUUAUAUGACUGAUGGGCAAAUCAAGUAUGAAUAUGAAUUAGAUGACCAGGGGAAACGUAUUGUGCUUGGCAAAGGUACUUAUGGAAUUGUUUACGCAGCGAGGGAUUUAAAUACCCAAGUUAGGAUCGCUGUUAAGGAAAUAAGGGAGAAAAAUUUAGGAGAUGUACAGCCGUUGCAUGAAGAAAUAAAAUUACACAGUCAACUGAGGCACCGGAAUAUUGUACAGUACUUGGGUUCGAUAAGUGAGGACGGAUUCUUUAAAAUAUUUAUGGAACAAGUACCUGGAGGUAGUUUAUCUGCUUUGUUAAGAUCUAAAUGGGGACCAUUGAAAGAGAACGAAUCGACAAUAUCGUAUUACACUAAGCAAAUUCUUGAAGGAUUGAAAUAUCUGCACGAUCAAAAGAUUGUUCACCGUGAUAUCAAAGGUGAUAACGUAUUAGUAAAUACGUACAGUGGCGUUGUUAAAAUAUCCGAUUUUGGAAUGUCUAAAAGACUAGCUGGACUUUGUCCAAGUACUGAAACAUUUACUGGUACAUUGCAGUAUAUGGCGCCGGAAGUUAUUGAUAAAGGACAACGAGGAUAUGGUGCACCGGCGGAUAUAUGGUCAUUAGGUUGUACAGUAGUAGAAAUGGCAACAGGAAAGCCUCCCUUCAUUGAGCUUGGAUCGCCUCAGGCUGCAGUAUUCAAGGUGGGAUAUUACAAGAUACAUCCGGAAAUACCGUCGGAGUUAUCAGAGCGAGCUAAGAAUUUUAUAUUACGUUGUUUUGAACCGAAUCCUGAUGUUAGAGCUCCUGCCUCUGUUCUUUUAGAGGAUCCAUUUUUAUAUGAAAAGAAAAAAAGUUCACGUUUACCAGCACCACCAGACUUCAGUCGCAGUAUUUCAGUACCAGGCGACCGAAUUGAACGAUUGAAUAAUAAUAACAAUAAUAAUCGUGACAAAAUAAACAAUAAUGUUAUUUCAACGCCGCCGAUUCAAGCAUCACAAUCAGAUGAUAGUGCAAUAUAUAGCGGAGUGAUGACCAAAUCAAGUCCAUUGAAAGAUCGCAGCCCAGCACAUCUUCUGUCUCCCAUCAGUAUUCCUACUGCUUCUUUAUCUUUCACCAGCACAAUCGGAAGCACGCCAUCAAUAGACAUAAGCGAAGACGCGAGCUGCACUAUGACUCGACGGAGUUCAUCAGGAGGAUUAAUGUCGCCGGAAGUAGAGUUAACCGGGCAGCCAGAGCAAAAAGGCGUCGGUGAUGAACAAGAGGGGUUUUACUUCUAUAAAAAAGACAGCCAGCGGCGAAUGACUCUCACCAGGGUGUUGACCCAAGACGGAGCUACUCUCUGCAAAGUUUGGUUGGAAUAUAUUAACCGAGACGGCGCGCAGACAGUAAUAAGUAUACCACAUCUGGAGUUAUUGCUGCGGGGCUUACGUGAUUAUAUAUCUGAUCGAAAUCAAGAUUCAAUUACUACGGCAUUGCGGACACUUAAAGAAGAAUUGGCAUUUGACUCAACGACAAUUAAUCAACUACAAUUGGCUAUUUAUUUAUUUCAAACUGCUGUUAAUGAUGUUCUCAGAAUGCACAGUAUUAAACCUCAUUGGAUGUUUGCGUUAGAUAAUCUCGUUAGAAAUGCUGUUCAAACUGCUAUUACUGUUUUGUCACCUGAACUUGGCGCCGGAUUAAUUGAUCAAGAGCGAGCUCAAGCGGGCGCAGACGGUCCCGAAGAAGGAUCAACGUCUGUUAUGUCAACCGUAAACUCUCUGAAAUCCCACAAGACUGUCGAUUCUAUAGAAAAUAAUAAAUAUUGGCGUGAAUAUCAAGAACAAAUGGGUAAUUUGAAGACAGAUAGUAUUAAACUAGUCCAAGAAUUACUCGAGAGUCAGAAAAUUUAUCAUACUCUGCUACAAAAUGCCCUGGAGGAUCAGAGAGCGCAAAUUGGUGCCCUGACUCAUCUUUGUGAGGACAUAAGUCGACGAUUUUCACGACAAGAAUCCGGAUACAAUUCGAGUAUACACGGGACCGCAUCUCCACAACCGUCAUCAGUGUUGGUGCCUCAAAUAAGUGUGACAGAUCACAAUACUCCGUCGAACACAGACAACAAACUCGUUGAAUGGCUCCAAGGUCUUGGCAUCGACGAUAUGUCUAUCGAAAGGAUAAUAUAUGAAGAAUACACGCUCGAUGAUUUUUUAAAUAGUAUUUGUAGAGACGAUCUACGAAGAAUAAGACUCAAAGGCGGUAUUGAAUUAAAAAUUUGGUCAGCCAUAAUGUCACAUCGUAAUAAUAAUUAAUACCAUUUUUAAAACUAAAUACUUUUUUUUUAUCGCGAUAUUUUGUACAGUAUAGAGUUGUUAUUUAGAAUUUUUUUCUAAGUGUUGACUAUUAUAGAGUUAAUUUUUAAAAAU